CUUUCCGCUCCAUUGUUGAGAAACACCACAAAACGGUCCGACGUGAGAUCUCAGCGUUGGUCAAGUUUGACGGGACGCGGCCGGAGGUCAAUACGUCAAGGUGGCAAAAUAACGUCUGUUGCGGCUGAGUUUCCUACGAAGAAGAAAAAGGGGCGGUAACUUCCUGGUUUCAAAAGAACAACACCGCGGCGCUGCUAGACUGUUUAAAGUUGUGACGGUGUCUGCAACAGGAUGGGGUCCCCAAAGAAACAUGCAACACCACACAGGACUAAUAUUCGUACCCCGGGUCAGGAGCUUGACUCGCCGCUCCCCCCUAUUCACGAGCGUCUGGCGCAACUGCGUCCAUCCAGAGAGCUUCUGGAGUUCUACAGACAGAAGAUUGCCCAGUUUGAUAGCGAGCACUUGGAGCUGCUGCAGAUGCUGGAAAAGUAUAAAAGCCUCACUGAAGAUCAGCAUAAGCUACAGUGGGAAAUACGACAGCGCGAAGGAGAGAUUGCAGAGCUUCAGAGUGCUCUGAGUGACAUGCAGGUCUACCUUUUCCAAGAGAGAGAGCAGUCUCUGCGGCUUUAUGCAGAAAACGACAGACUAAAGAUCAGAGAGCUGGAGGACAGGAAGAAAAUCCAACACCUUCUUGGUCUUGUGGGUCCUGACACAGGAGAGAUUACAUAUUUCCACCGGGAACCUCCUCACAAGGUCACUAUCUCACAGAGGUACCCAGAGUCCAGAUUGGAGGAAAAUCUCAGUCUUAGGCCAACAAAGUUGAGACCUGCUGCAAGCAGGAAAGCAGAGAGUGGCAGGAGAACAAAAUUUGCAGAUAGGGAAAAUGGAGAGAGCUUGGAACAGUACAACAAUGAGAAACAGACAUUGUUGCUACAGGUGGAGGCGUUGCAGGCUCAAAUGGAAGAGCAGACUCGCCUGGCCAAAGAGCAAGUGGACGCUCUGCUGGAGGAUCGAAAGAUUAAAACAGAGGAGGCCGAGGCACAGCGGCAGAGAGACCAGGACCGCAUCGCUGCUCUGACUGACAAACUCCAGCAAACUCAGAACCUGUUGCAUGAGAGCACCAGAGAUUUUUUACAGCUAAAGUUUGACACACGAGCUAAUGAGAAGAGCUGGAUGGUGGAGAAGGAUCGCCUGCUGAGGGAACUGGACUCCUGCCACAGCCGUCUUAGGAAGGCCAGGGGUGUCGGCACUGAGUCGGGGCGAACGUGGCAGCACAGCAGCAGCACAGCCCUCCCUCAGCCUCAGUCAGAGUCAGAUCAGCCACACAAAGAGGAGCUAAAGAUAUUGCAGGAGGAGCUGAAGCAAGCCAACCGUCUGGCAGACAUGUACAGGGAGCAGUGCAUUACUUUUGAAACAGAACUGUCCCAAAUCAGAGAGGAAGGGGAUGUGGGCAGGGAAAUAUUCAAGGAGCGUUCAGAGAAAAUGGCCAAGCGCCUCCAGCUGAUGACUCAGCGUUAUGAGGCAUUGGAGAAGAGGAGGGUGAUGGAGGUGGAGGGCUUCAAGGCGGACCUUAAACUCCUCAGACAGAAACUCAAAGAUGUAGAAAAACAGCUUCUGAAGGUUACCUUGAAUGUGGGGCCCAACCAGGACUUAGCCAUCCUUCAUGAAGUACGACAAACCAAUGCCAGGACCAAAAAGGUUCAGGGCGAGCUGAUGGCUCUGAAGGCAAAAAUCUAUGGACUUGAAAAUGAGCUAAGAUACAGCUGAGGAUAAUGCUCUGAUAUUUUCUGUAAUGUGUAGCUGUGUUUAUCUGUUAUGGUUGCUUAUUCUGCUGUUUUUAUUUUAGAAAACUAGACUAAAUGUUAUUGAUAUUUUGUGCUUUGGACCAAUAAAAAUCGUUGA